UCCUGGCUUUGAGACCUUGCAUGUGUGUGAUUGAUUCAGCAAUACGAGAUGGCCGUUACAAAGAGGAUUUGCUCCGGGUCACCCAGGCAGGAGCAUGUGCACAUCCUGUUGUAGCUGGUUUUGUUUGGAACCUACCGCCACAGUGGAAGAAAACGUCAGCUCAUGGCGCCAGGCCUACACAAACUUGGGCUACAACCAAUCCCUAACCUCUCCUGAACAUUUGUGCAAGGCCUGCGGAGGCCAUUUUGACACCAUUGCUAGGAAGCAUGUCUGUGUGGACUGCAAGAAGAACUUCUGCGGCCACUGCUCGGUGCAGCUGGAGCCGCCAUGCCCGCGCCUCUGCCACACAUGUCAGCGCUUUCACGGAACCCUAUUCGACCGCGCCCAGUUGAUGCGACUCAAGGUGCGGGAGCUGCGCGACUACCUCCACCUGCAUGAGGUGCCCACCCAGACGUGCCGGGAAAAGGAGGAGCUGGUUGAGCUGGUCCUGGGCCAGCAGACCCCGAGCACCAGCACCAGCAGUGAGAUGGUGUCCUCCCAGCCCGGGGCUCACAACAACGUCCCUUCCCCAGGCACACCGUCCCCUCCCCAGACACAGGGCCCUAUCAGCCCUGACACAUUGAGCCCAGAGCAGCCAGAACAAUCAGCCCCCGAGGCAGAGCCAGAGUCAGAGCAGAUCUCUGAUGAGGAAGAAGAAGAGGAUGAUGAAGAAGAGGAGGACGAGGGUGAAGAGUCAUCGGACAACGAGGAGACCCUGAUCCCUGGCCGCAGGGCCUCUCUGUCUGACCUGAGCUGCGUUGAGGACAUCGAGGGUCUGAGCGUGCGCCAGCUCAAGGAGAUCUUGGCCCGUAACUUUGUCAACUAUAAGGGCUGCUGCGAGAAGUGGGAGCUGAUGGAGAGGGUCACCCGCCUCUACAAUGACCAGAAGGACCUCCAGAACCUAGUUUCAGAUACAAGAAGUAAAGAAGACCCAGCGGCUCCCAAGAGCCAGGAGGAGAACCUCUGUCGGAUCUGCAUGGACUCUCCCAUUGACUGUGUUCUGCUGGAGUGCGGCCACAUGGUCACCUGCAGCAAGUGCGGCAAGCGCAUGAGCGAGUGCCCCAUCUGCAGGCAGUACGUGGUACGGGCGGUGCAUGUCUUCAGGUCCUGAUGCAUUGCCACAGGGAGGGACACACACUGGACACCAUUGACAAAAUGGCAUUGCUGCCACCACUGCUCAGCGAUAGCAUAGCUUACAAGAAUACACUCUAUAAUGCACACUCUCACUCAUUCAAACAGUCUUCUUCAUACUGGUGUUCCAGACUAAUAACCUGUCUCCACUUUUCUGGGUUCUCAGUUUUUCUACUCCACCUGAACUUAUUGUUUCUGCAAUUUCAGCAUUUUACAAGAACUCAAGAUUUCAGUACAAUAACUUUGUUAUUCAAAAUAGUUUUAUGAUUAGAUGAUGUACUAGGUAUCAUGUAUUCAGAUUGGUGCCAGUCAGACACCAAACUAUAUUGGGAUGACAGCGAUACCUUUUCAAAUUCUGAGUUUAUUAGGUAGAGAUCAUGGAAAUUAUAUAUUGCAUUUUUCAGUCAUUGCAUUUGUGUGCAUGGAGAAACAACACAACUGAGUUUCAUAGCUGAGAAACACAGGGCCUUACUAGAGAUGGAAUUGAAUAAGAAGCAAUGUGCUCACUCAAAAGUAUGAAUGAAAUUCUAAAUCCUGGUAAGAGAGGGAAUAUGUUAGGCUACUAUGUUGUUCAUAUCAAUAGCAAAACAGACAGAGUGGCCAGAAUGGUGCUAUUUGACCAAUGGUGAACAACAAGCGGCGGUAAUGUCAAGAGACCAAAAUCUCGAAAACCUCAAAACAGUUUAUUUCCAACCUUAUCGCCCUAAGCAAGGCUUGGAAAAUGCAGGCUUGGAUAUGACAGUGCGGAUAUUUGAUGCAGGCAAAGCAGUAGUUGUGUAAUUGGUGCAUUAAGUGGCGCGCAGAAUACUUGAAGUGCCAAGGUCUGUUUUGCGCCCUCCAAAUGUCACUCUCCGACUUCAGUACCUGCAACCCAGCUGAUCUGUUAAUUGGUUUUGUGGUCCAGAGAGCUAUCUUUAGGUGCAGUCACUUGCUAAGCAUAGAACCCAGGCCUUAUUUGUCUUAUUGGCUAUCCUUCAGACACAGAGAUGUGUGGUGGUUGAACAUAGCAUCCUAGGAGUGGAAACAGCCCUUUAAAUACAAUUGUCUGCUUGUAGCUCACCGAAAGUACUUGAGGAGGGUCAAGGAGGCAUACGGCUUAGUUUCAUUUGCCCUUUUAUGGUCAAAAUACCCUUUAACUUGCAGAUAUUUUAUCAAAACUGGAAAUGAACACACAUUGACUUGACAGUAAUAGACAGUUAAUAUACAGUUCUGUAAAUGAGCCACCAUGGGAACAUUUUCUGAAAUGUAAACCAUACACAGUAGAUAUGCAUUUUUUAAAAAUUCUCUGGAUGUCGUCAAUUGUUUGAUGUUGUUUGAGGUCAGUUCCAUGACCUUACCCCAAAUUAGGUUUGGGGUAAAGAGAGCUGACCUCGUUUGGCAGCAUGUCUCCAUUCUAUGGCUCUCACCAUCCGCCUCUUAUCAGCAAGUGCCCCAGAACGGAAUGCUCAUUGACUACGCAGUGCACUGAAUGCACUCAUUUCCUAAUGACAAGUUGAUGAAUUAUGUUAACUACUAGUUUAUCAAAACAUCACAAUGUUUUCUGCAAAACUUUGUUUGUGGGAGUGUUUUUUAGGAGGGGUUCAUUCUAUUCCAACUGUAGGCAAUUCAGUACAUUUAUUGAGAUUUAAUUGAUAUGAAAUUAGGGGCAAUUUUCGAUAAUUCAUGUGAAUUGCAAUGCAUUUCUCAAAUGUCC